AUGGCCAGGACUUUGAUGGUCGGAAGGUUCUUCCAUGAAGCGCGAGAAGCGACGGAGUCGGCCGCGUGGUUGGGCCACCAGCUGGGCUUCAGGACCAUUGAAGAAAGUGCCAAGUCCAUGUUGCAAGAGAUCGAGGUGCGCGAAGCCGAUCGAGCCGAUCGAGCUGAUCGAGCCGAUCGAGCGCCGAACCUGCGAAGGUCGCGGAUUCCGGAGAUGCCCACGGUGCCCAAGAUGGAUCUUCAGGCUCUGGAUGUAGAGGUGCUGCGAGGGGUGAUCCAGCAGUUCGUUCAAGUCUUAAUCGCGCACGACGAGAACAUCGACCCGGAGAGACCUUUGAUGGAGCUUGGCCUCACAAGUCAACACGCCGUAGUGCUGCGGGACCAGCUGGCAAAGGUCCUACCAGGCCUCUCACCGCCGUUGCCAGUCACUUUGAUCUACGACUAUCCUUCCAUUGCCGCCAUCACUCGUCUGGUGGACCAUUCCAGUGCUGGCACUGGAUCAGCUGGAUCAACUGGAGCACAGGCAAGUUCCGCAAGGCCAACUGAGCGCUGACUCAUGCAUGGCUAGUGCAGAUAUCUGAU